CCACCGCCAUGAAACAGAUGGCUGGCAUGGGCCACUGUCGUCUCCCCACUUUUCGCUCUUAAAAACCCCCCUCCUCGUCCUCCACCACCCCCCAUUUUCUCUCUCUCUCUCUAGCACAGACACAGAGAGACGCAGACACACUGAUGACUCGGGAAGCUCCAAUGAAUGGGCUCUAGAGACCUCGCUCAUGGACAUGGGUUCGGGCUCGUUGACGACGGAGUCAGGGUCAUCUUCUCCUCCCCCCCUCGAGUCCCUCAACGGCCUCAAGUUCGGCCAGAAAAUCUACUUCCAGAAUAAUGCCGCCGUUCCCAAGCACCCUCCUGGCUCCUCCUCCUCCUCCGCCGUGUCCGGGUCGGGCACGCCUCCGAAGAAGGUGAGGGCCUCCGGCGGCGGCUGCGGCGCGAUCCAGGGAGGGCAACCUCCGAGGUGCCAGGUGGAAGGUUGCCGGGUGGAUCUGAGCGAUGCCAAGGCUUACUACUCCAGGCACAAGGUCUGCGGCAUGCACUCCAAGUCCGCCACCGUCAUCGUCGCCGGUAUCGAGCAGAGGUUUUGCCAACAGUGUAGCAGAUUCCAUCAGCUUACUGAAUUUGACCAAGGAAAACGAAGCUGUCGUAGACGUUUGGCUGGUCAUAAUGAGCGCCGGAGGAAGCCCCCACCUGGAUCGCUACUCUCCUCUCGCUAUGGGCGACUUCCAUCCUCUAUAUUUGAGAACACCACCAGAGGGGGUAGUUUUCUGAUGGAUUUCACAGCAUACCCAAAGCAUGCAUGGUCAGGUCCACGUUUUUCUGAGCGCACUGCACCUGGAGAUCUCAUCCCCGGACCAGGAAAGCUCUUUCCGCAUCCAUGGCAGAGCAGUCCUGAGAACCCUCCCUCCGACCUUUUCUUGCAGUGCUCAACCGGUGGCACGACAGCUUUCCCUGCUCCUGGAAUUCCUCCUGGCGAAUGCUUCACUGGAAUAGCUGACUCAAGCUGUGCUCUCUCUCUUCUGUCAAAUCAACCAUGGGCCCCCGCAAACCAGCCGUUACCUUUCGGGCCGAACCACAUGGUGCACCCCCAGGGCUCGACCCUGGCUCAGUCGAUGCCUCCUCAUAGUUCGGCCAGUCACUUCACUGCUCCUGGCUCCACGUGGGCCUUCAAGGGCAACGAAGCUGGCGGGAGCUCCGUUGGGCUAGCUGCUGAUCUGGGCUUGGGCCAGUUCUCACAGCCACUUCACAAUCAGUUCUCUGGUGACAUGGAAUUGUCUCAACAAAGCAGGAGGCAAUUCAUGGAGCUUGAUCCCUCCAGGGCUUAUGAUUCCACCCACCAGGCGCACUGGUCACUCUAAGUGACCCUAACAUGUUUAUGUCGGGUUCUCUUGCAUUGCGAAGCUCGAAUAUUUUUUGCGCAUAAGACUGCAUGUCCUUUUUGGUUUUGAUAGACAUCUGACAUGAUGUCUGUCUCGAUUAUUCGCCGGAGGCGUACUUUGUCGAGGCAUUGGCCUUGCCUUCAACUAGGACUUCGCUUUUGUCUUGAACACGUGCUGCCAGAUGUGGGUUUGGACUCUUGGUUGUGCAUUAUUAUGCAGUCAUAAACUACUGUAAUUAUCUUGUAGUUCGACUC